AAAAUUUCUUUUGAUAAAAAAUUAAUAUCAGAUCCAUAGUCAUUGUAUUUUGGAAAUUCGUUCAUUUCGUAUUCGGACCCACUUGCAACAUGUUGAGAAUCAACUACUUUCUCAUUUUCUCCUUUGUUGCAACUUUUCCAUUUUUGGUAAAUUGUCAAACGGCGGUUGACAAUGAAAAUGGAUUAUUAUUAAAUAAAUACGAUCCCGAUUCAAUUGCACAAAAUGAAAAAUUUUUACAAUUAAUAAUUAAAUACGUUUCACUUACAUCGAGUAGAUUGCAUUAUUUGAGGCAGAAAUUCUUUGAAGAUCAACUUAGGAACUUGAAAGAAACGGAAAGACUCUAUGAAUUAAGUUACUUGGAGCCAAGAAUGAUAGAGGCGUUUAUAACAGAUAAAGAAAAGCAAAAUUUGAUUACAACAACACCGGCGCCAGCAACUGCACCGAAUUCUCCAUAUAGUAUUCCAGCUCCGCUUCUAGAAGCUUGAAUCCAUGUAAUUAUUACUGGCUGUUUUUUGGUAUACAGAAGAAAAUAAUUAAUAUGCCUUACUAAAAAUUCUAAUCAAAAUUCAAAGAGU